AUCUCCCUCAAUUUCUUGUUUUCUUGAUCUCGUUUUAGAAUAAAAUGGCUUAACUUUAUGUGAUUAAACUGUGCGAUAGAAAUAAUUUUAAAUAGAAAUGUAUAAAGCGCGUACUUGGCUAUUUUUAUUUAAUAAAUUAUAACAUAGUGUUUCCAAUAAUAUGAUUUAUUAGUUUAAAUGUUUGAAUUUUACCAUACAUCAAAAUUAAAAGUAAAAGAUGCAAUAGUUAUAAUUUGUGAAUAAUCCAUUAAAAAAAAAUCAGAGAGUAAAAUGGAAGAAGAGUUAAGAUGUUACGUGUGUAAGGAAUUCUAUAGGGAACCAGUGUUAUUACCUUGUGGCCAUGCAUUGUGUAGAAUAUGUGCAGUCAAUCUUCAAACUCAUGUUCAUGAAACAGAAAAUGCUUCAGCUGUCGCAUCGGAUUACCAGGAAGCUGAUAAAGCUUCAGUAUCAAGUGAAACAGAUAGUGGUGUCGUAUGUGGAUCAAGGCCUAAUAGUUACGCUGGGACGCCUGCUGCUCCUAUCUAUCCAACUGCAGCUUUUAGCCUCGUCUGCCCCGUAUGUAACAAACAGAUAUAUUUUGAUGACAAUGGAGCAGACGGAUUGCCGCCUUUUCGUGUUAUGCGAACAAUCGUCGAAAGAUUUGGGGGCGUUAAUAUUGCACCGCCGGCUGAAGAAGCCUGUCAAAUGUGUGAAGGCGAAAAGCGUGCUGCAGUAGUAAGAUGUGAACAGUGUUCUGUGCGAUAUUGUGCGAGUUGUAGAGAUGCUUGGCACCCAACACGUGGUCCACUUGCACAACAUGAGCUAAGAGCCCUUGGGACAACAUGUGUGGAUCAUGGUUCCACUCCUGUUCUAUAUUGCAAUACUUGUCUCAUCCCAAUUUGCCAGAGAUGUCUUGCGGAACGUCAUUCCACCCAUGAAACACAGCCCCUCUCUAAUGCAGCACGAGCCCAUAAGACUGAUUUAUCGCAAUCAUUGCAACAACUCUCGGAGGAAGCUAAAGCGGUGACUGAGUAUAUUCAAUUAGUCAAAGGAUCAGGAGAGAAAAUAAAUGAUUCUUGCGAAGAAUUGGAGAGACAAAUAGAUCAAGCAUGUUCAGAAAUCACUCGUGCGGUUGAGAGACGACGUGAUGAGCUAGUAAGAGCGGCAAGGAACACUCGAACACAGGCUGCUAAUAAUAUGCGAUCUCUAACUGCUCAUGCUGCACAGAAAUUACGUGAAGCAACUGCAUUGUUACACUUUUCUAUUGAAGCUUUAAAAGAAACCGAUCAUGCUGCCUUUUUACAGGUUGGUAACAUUUUAUCUGCGCGCGCACAAGAUACAGCUACUGGUUUACGAGAUUCGUUAGAAUCACCCCCAUCCCCGCCAGCUCUUACGCUUGACAUAGAACCUGUCUUACGCACCGUGAAGACAAUGAACUUCAUAGAGUGUAUACCUCCCGGCGCGCCAGAGAUGGCAGUGGAAGCGUGUGCUGCGCGUGGUUGUUCGUGCACACUGGCAUGGCGGCCGCCGGUCGCGCCACACUCUGUUCGCGGAUAUAUCUUGGAACUAGAUGAUGGACUGGGAGGACCUUUCCGGGAAGUUUAUUGCGGCCGUGAAACGGUUUGUACAGUCGAUGGCUUGCAUUACGCAUCUCUAUACAGUGCGAGAGUGAAAGCCUUCAAUGGAGCUGGAGAAGGACCAUACAGUGAAGUCAUCGGCCUACAAACAUCACCAGUGGCGUGGUUCUCAUGGGACGCGCGGUGCGCGCACGCGGAGGGCGGGCUCGCGCUGGGCGCGGACGGGCUGAGCGCGCGCGCGGCGGGCUGGCAACCUCGCGUGGUGAUCGCCGACCAGCCGCUCGCGCGCGGCGUGCACUACUGGCGCCUGCGCCUCGACCACUACGACGGCGACGCCGACCCCGCCUUUGGGAUCGCGCGCGCUGAAGUCGCCAAGGAUAAGAUGCUCGGGAGUGACGCGCUAGGCUGGGCGAUGUACAUCGACGGCGUGCGCUCGUGGUUCGUGCACGGCGGCGCGCACGGCGGGCGCGCGGCGGGCGGCAUCGCGAGCGGCGCCACCGUCGGCGUGCUGCUCGACCUCACGCGCGGCACGCUGCGCUUCACCGUGGACGACCGCCCGCAGGGCGACAUAGCAUUUACAGGCCUACGCGGCGCCUUCUACCCAGCAGUGUCCUUAAACCGAGGUGUUGCAGUCACAUUACAGCCGGGAUUGCCGCCACCACCUGAUUUACUCAUGUCUAAUUUAUCUAUUGAAUAAAAACAGGAGUCAAAUACGAGCCCGUAUGUACCUACUCAAUAAAUUCAUAUUAAAAGACUAUCUACGUCAUGACAAACGAUUAAAUUUAUACAGGGUGAAUUUCAAUAAAUAACCGGCACAAUGAAAUCGAGAUCCGAUCUUUGAUAGUCGAUUGAAUCAUUAUUUAAUUUCUUACUUUUUGCAUUUUUACUUUACUACCAUAAUAAUGGAGAUUUUGCGUUUGCUACUCAUCAGUACAUUAAUUUAACUGAAUUUAUAAAGAUCUCGAAUUCGCGUACGAAUGUAUUGUACUUAUCAAGUUAAUAUGCCCCAGUUUACACCGUUGCGUGUAACUACUAUGUUUAUGUAAUUUAGAAUAAUCCUGUACAUCGAAUUAUCGAAUAUAAAUACAUA